GCCGGGCCAGGAGGCGGGUGGAGGGCGCCCGCCUGCUUAGCCGAGGGCGACUUCCCCUCCGCCCCGAGCUUGGCGCCUGAGCGGAGUUUCCGUCGCGAUGGACGGCGAGGCAGGCGGCGAGAAGCCCGACGACCGUUACGGGACACCCCAAAAAUAUGACCCGACUUUCAAGGGCCCCAUUUAUGACAGGGGCUGCACAGACAUCAUCUGCUGUAUCUUGCUCCUGGUGGCUGUCUCGGGCUAUGUUGCCGUGGGAGUGAUAGCAUGGACCCAGGGAGACCCCCGUAAAGUGAUCUAUCCAACAGAUAGUCGUGGGCAGUUCUGUGGCCAGCAAGGAACUCCUAAUGAGAAGAAACCUUUCUUGUUUUACUUCAACAUAGUGAAAUGCGCCAGCCCUUCGGUGCUGCUCGAGUUCCAGUGUCCCACCACACAGAUCUGUGUAGAAAAGUGCCCUGAUCGCUAUCUCACUUACAUGGAGGCCUCGGCCAAGAACACAGAAUACUACAAGCAAUUUUGUGUACCAGGAUUUAAAGAUCUGAAGAAGAGCACCCCUGAAGUUCUGAGAGAUGGAGACUGUCCAGCCAUGAUCACACCCAGCAAGCCCUUGGCCCGCAGAUGUUUGCCUGCAAUCAAUGCUAAGAAAGGGAUCAUCAUGGUGGGGAACGAAACUACUUUUGAUGAUGGACACGGACACAAAAGGAAUGUGACCGAUCUUGUGGAAGGGGCCAAAAAAGCAAAUGUAGUUCUGGAGGCAAGACAAGUGGCUAUGAAGAUCUUUGAAGAUUACACAGUUUCCUGGUACUGGAUAAUAAUCGGCCUGGUGAUCUCCAUGGUGGUCAGCCUCAUCUUUAUCGUCCUGCUUCGGUUCCUGGCAGGCAUCAUGGUCUGGGUGAUGAUUGUGCUCGUGAUCCUGGUACUUGGAUACGGGAUCUUUCACUGCUACAUGGAAUAUGCUGCGCUGAAGGGGCAGGCUGGGUCUGAUGUCUCUCUGAAGGAUCUUGGAUUCCAGACAGAUGUCCGUGUUUAUCUCCACCUGAGGCAAACCUGGUUGGCCUUCAUGAUCAUCCUUUGCAUCACAGAGGUUAUCAUCAUCCUUCUGCUCAUUUUUUUGCGCAAGAGGAUCCUCAUUGCCAUCGCAUUGAUCAGGGAAGCCAGCAAGGCCAUUGGUCACAUCAUGACAUCUCUGGUAUUUCCACUCUUCACGUUCUUCCUGGUGUGUCUUUGUAUUGCUUACUGGGCUAGCACAGCUGUGUUCUUAUCUACCUCUAAUGAAGCCGUCUACAAGGUAUUUAAUGAGACUCAAUGCAACUAUUCCAGGACAACAUGCAACCCAGAGACCUUCAACACUUCCAAUAUUGCCAAACAGUGCCCAGAUGCCCGUUGCCUCUUUGCCUUCUACGGUGGCGAGACUGCCUAUCACAAGUACCUCAUCAUCUUCCAGAUCUACAAUGUCUUCAUGUUCUUCUGGCUAGCCAAUUUUGUCAUUGCCUUGGGCCAGGUCACCCUGGCUGGGGCUUUUGCUUCCUACUAUUGGGCCUUUAAGAAACCAGAUGACAUGCCAGCAUUCCCCCUUUUCUCUUCUUUUGGCCGAGCACUCAGGUAUCACACUGGCUCGCUGGCCUUUGGGUCCCUGAUUCUUGCUGUUGUCCAGAUUAUUCGGGUCCUUCUGGAAUACUUGGAUCACAGGUUAAAAGCUGCUGAGAACAAGUUUGCAAAGUUCCUCUUGACCUGUCUGAAGUGCUGCUUCUGGUGCCUGGAGAAGUUCAUCAAGUUCUUGAACAGAAAUGCAUACAUUAUGAUUGCCAUUUAUGGCACCAACUUCUGCACUUCUGCAAGGAAUGCCUUUUUCUUGCUCAUGAGGAAUAUCAUCAGGGUGACUGUUCUGGAUAAAGUCACGGAUUUCCUGCUUUUCCUCGGCAAACUCCUGAUUGUAGGAAGUGUUGGCAUUCUCGCUUUCUUCUUUUUCACCCAGAGGAUAAAACUAAUUCAAGACUCAACACCAUCCCUCAACUACUACUGGGUCCCUAUUCUGACUGUUGUUGUUGGCUCCUAUCUCAUUGCACAUGGAUUUUUCAGUGUAUAUGCCAUGUGUGUGGACACGCUGUUCCUCUGCUUCUUGGAGGACCUGGAGCGUAAUGACGGCUCUGCUGAGAAGCCUUACUUCAUGUCAUCUAAUCUGAGGAAGCUUUUGAAGAAGACUAACAAGCAGCAAACCGAAGGGUAACGGGCUUCCCAUUCUGUGCCUCCAGCAGUAGCCUAUAGUAGGCAUAUGAUGCCUGGAUUGUCAAGCCCUGGCUUUGAAGAGCAUGAUCUUUGAGGUUAAAAUGUUCUGCUUCCUCUUCCUGUGCCAGGCAAGCUUGCCCAGAUUUCUAUUUUUUUUUCCUUUCCUUUUUCAUGCAGUUUGGGAUUUUUCUUUGUGGCGAGAAGUGAGAAAUUUGUGCUGCAAUAGCUCCAUCUUAAGGCUGAACUGCAGCAGACCCAAGUGAGCUGCUGUCGUUCCCUACUACCGGUUUGCUCAAAGCCAUCCAGCACCUGCCUGCCUGGAGCGAGGACUCUUCUUGUUUGUCAGCAAGAAGAGCUCGCUAAUGCCAAGUUUGCUGGGAAGCACACGCACCCCGUUGAGCAGAUGUUCAACAAAGGGGUGGUGGUGCUGUUUUGGUUUAGAGCAGAAAUCAGAUUUGAACAGCAUUGGUUCAGUCGUCCUUACUGAGAAGCCACUUCCCAAUCUGCUCUGAUUUUAAAGAAAAAUGGUGCCAAGGUGGAGUUUUUUAAAAAAGAAUAUAAAGCACUGAACAAAUACAGUGCAUAAAUAAGAUAGUGGGCUGGAGCAAUCCUACUUUAAGUGUGUGUGUGUGUGUGUGUGAGAGCUCUCAAUUCACAAACUGUCUUCCUGUGGGCCAAGAAGUGGAGGGCUGGGGGAAGUGGUUUUUGCCACGCCGCUAAAAAACUGACAUGCUUUUCUUGGAAGAUAUCUACCUUCUGCCAUUCACAGAGCUGUUUGUCAAGGCCAGGGCAGAUAUAAGCCUCUCACAAGCCAGUUGAGCCAAUUUAGUUCCGUUAAUUUUUCCAGUGAGCACUAAACUGCUCUAAAUCCAAACAUUCCAGCUUAACUGAUUUAGGGAUUGCAGCCAAAAUUGAUACUUUGAAGGCAUCAUUGCAGAAGUCUGAUCCUGGUGGUAACGGUCAUCGUUUAACCUAGGCGUACUGAAAAUAUAAUCAAACAUCAAGGAAGUAACAGGAAUAUACAGAAUUUUAAAGCUGUGUGGUUGUAUAUUGUGCCACCUGUAGCUUUCUCAAAAGCAAAUGGUAAUGCUGCCAAUCUGUAUUUAAGUCUGACAUUUUUAUUAUUAUUUUGCUUUUAUUAACUCUUUUCAUGCACCCCUGUAUGUUUUGGAAAAUGUUCUAUCUGAAAUAUUAAAACUUUUUAUGUAUUUUUGUUUCUCAGUCUGAAGCAACUCAGGUAUAACUAUUAAUAUAGUGUAAUUUUGCUUUAGAAACUCAUGACUUGGGUUUCUCGGUCCAGACGUCUUGUGUUAUCUCCCAGCAAGUGCAUGGAAUACGUUGUGGCGUUGUAUGUGUGGGGGACUUCAAAGAAAACAUAUGCUUUUUACAAAUAAAUUACUUAUUUGCUUUGA